ACUAUUAAUUGCAACUUCAGCGAGCACGCUCCCCGUCCCAUGGAGCCAGAGCCACAUCACCCUCGGCGCGCUCCGACGGCCGCCAUGGAUCCCCCGUCGCCAGCGGGAGCGAGGCCGGCGAUGUCCCACUCCUCCGCCUUCCUCCUCCCCUCCUCCGCAACCCCAGCCGCCUCAGCGGACGCGUACGCGGUCGUCGUCCUCAACCAGCGCCUGCCCCGCUUCGCCCCUCUCCUCUGGGACCGCGCGCAGGUGCGGGUGUGCGCCGACGGGGGCGCUAAUCGCGUGUUCGACGGCAUGCCGGAGCUGCUCCCCGGCCACGCCCGCGACGAUGUGCGCUCCAGAUACAAACCAGAUGUAAUCAAAGGGGAUAUGGAUUCAGUGCGACCAGAAGUGAAGGAAUAUUAUUCUAAUUUGUCCAUUGACUUCCAGCAUGGCUCUGCUUUAGUAGAAACUAGUGUUAUGGCGCUGCUAGAAGGAGGGCGCGAGAGGGCCGGCCGGGGGCCUUUUGCCCACGGCCGGGCAAGAUGGAAGGGCACCAAAAUAGUUGAUCAAUCACAUGAUCAGGAUACCACCGACUUGCACAAAUGUGUAGCAUUUAUCACUGACAAUUCACCUGGCCCUGACAAAUCGAAUCUAUGCAUCCUUGUCCUCGGAGCACUAGGAGGUAGGUUUGAUCACGAAAUGGGAAACAUCAAUGUACUCCACCUCUUUCCAAACAUUAAGAUCGUCCUCCUAUCAGAUGAUUGCCUGAUCUUUCUGCUCCCAAGAACGCACACUCACAACAUCCACAUUGAACGAUCAGUUGAGGGCCCCCACUGUGGGUUGAUUCCCAUUGGCGCACCUUCGACUAGCACCACGACCACGGGGCUCCGGUGGAAUUUAGAUAAUACUCAUAUGAGCUUCGGUGGAUUGAUUAGCACAUCAAACACAGUUGAUGAGGACCAGGUUAUGGUCACUUCAGAUUCUGACCUGAUCUGGACAAUAUCGCUCCGGCACUGAGUUUUUCGAUGCAUUUUCUCGUCAGACAAUACUUGUAUGAGCUACGAUGGAUUGAUUAGCACGUCGAACAUUGUUGAUGAGGACCGGGUUAUGGUCGCUUCAGAUUCUGACCUGAUUUGGACAAUAUCUCUCUGGCACCGAGCUUAUGCUAGGCAGAACGUUUUAGCUAUCGCCAAUUGUCUCAUCUAAUUUAUGUCUAUGACCACUACAUCCAGCAGUGACGUGAUAAAUUCUGGCGUGUUAGAAUUUCAAGCCUUGUAAAUUUUCAAUUUGUAAUUUGGUAGCUUUGGCAAUUAAAUAUAUUUGCCCCCGCGUAAAAAAAUUGGUGGUGUGCCUGUCAAAAUCUAUAUCUGUUAAUAGGUUGUGAAAAUACAGUGGCGCAGUUUGUGGGUUA